AUUGAAUUUAAGAGUUAUGUUCAAUUUGAUUUAGCAAAUAUUAACUUCAAGGGGCAAAGAAUAUUUGAGAAUGAUCUAAUUUCAGAGGUAACUAAUUAGUUUUUUAAAAUGUAAGGCUCCAUUAAUAAUUAUGCCAUACAGGUUAACAUUAAUUUUCCCUGGAUAAAAUGCAAGCGUGGAGCAAGGAUUUUGGGCGGCUAACCCCUUGUGCUGCCUUCUAAAUUAAUUACUCCGUAUUAUGUUGGUUGAAUUUGUGAAGCUAUUGGCCUGGAAAAAAAGUCUUUUCGUCUUCCACAUCUCUUUGGCUAUUUCGAAUGCGUAUAUAUAUGGCUCUAUCAAUUCGGCAAUUCCAAUAGCUUCGUAUGUAUAAAUACACUGUAUAUAAAAUCAUUUCAUGAUCAUUUUAUUUUAAAAUACAAGGUUUGAACCACAAUAAAUUAGACUCGACCUCUACAUUAUAUGCCGAAGUUAUUAGAAUGAAAACUCCUCCUAGCUAUAUAUGGCAUAUAAUUUCAUAAAAUUCAGUAAAAAUAUAUCGUGAUAUAAUAUUAUAAAACCCAGAAAAGAAUUAGGUGGGUUGACACUUGACAAAUCCAUUCUUCUGUGUCUGCUAUAGUUAGGAAUGGGUCCUGACUCUAGGAAAAGGAUUGCAAAUGCCUUUUGUGUUACAAAGGUUCAAGGGAUCAGUGCUGAAAGGGUGAAGCCUGUACUGAAACAUCUUUUGAAGUUGUACAAUAAAAACUGGGAUCUCAUUGAGGAAGAGAAUUACAGAUCCCUUUUUGAUGCAAUUUUUGAGUAUGAGGAAGCUGAGGAAGCAAGGCGCGCAAGAUCUUCUAUCCUUGUUGCAGAGAAGGGUGCUUUGGAGGAACACAAGGUUUUGAAUGAAGAGCCCGAAAGAGCAUCGAAAAGAUUUCGUUUGAGACAGCAAGAUGGUCAACCAUCAUCGUCCAGCCUUGGCGGGACUUCACGGACAAGGCACGACGAUGGUGGGGAAGCACUUCUUCAGGGACCACCUCAGUCAUGUGAUGGACAGAUGGAUCUUAGAAGCAAGGGGAAACAACAUCUUUCAACCAUUCCACUGUCAUCCAAGAAGAGUGUUGGUGGUCAUGUACUGGUCAAGCCUAAAGAUGAGCCAGGAAUAUCCUACAUCACUUUGCUGAACUAAGUGUCUCAUUGUCAGUGGCGGAGCUUUCGCCACUCAUGUUUAAAGGCGUUCACAUGAACACUCAAUUUUUUUGAAAAACAUGUAGGUAUACAUGUGUAAAUUUGGUAUAAUUAUUUAUUACUUUUUAAAUUUGUAGUUGUAAAAAAGUAUUGAACACCCAAAACUUAAAUUCUCAAUAUGCCAUUGCCUAUUGUCCGUAUUUCGGAUCUGUUUAGAACUUAGAAAUGAUAAGACAAUGAUAUACUCCUUCCGUCCCGUUUAAAGGUUCUCGUCCACUAUUCUUC